CUGGGAAAACCUCACAGAGAGAGAGGAAAGGAGGGAGAGAACAAAAAAGUAAACCAAGAAGAUGAAGAUGAAUUCGAUCCAUGAAGUUCUCUUCGAAGCCCAUGAAUCCUCGUUAUCUGACAUGACAGAGCAAGAUGGUUUUCAUAUCAACCUUGACGAAAUCGAUCUCUCUCUCCUCCGCCUCAGCUCCUCCCCCUACAGCCUACGUGAAUUUCUCCACCACUCGCCCGUCUCCGCUGCUGCCGUCGCCAUGAAAAGUCCUUCUCCUGACUCCGAUGUCUCCGACCAGUCCAAACGCAGAAAGAUUUUAGUUCAAAACCAAGAUUUGAUCGACCCUUGUGUUUUUUCCGGCUACCCAGAGAAUCCACCUUCCUCCGAACCGACCCAGAAUAGAACUCGCAUCGGCGACCCGAGUCAACUCGCUCCGGUCGUUCUUCGACGGUCGUUGUUUGAUGGAUACUUGUGCCCUCUUGCUGAGAAGCAAGAAACGACGUUUAAGUGCAAGCCCUUCCCUGAAAAGACGAUGAUGGAGGAGAGUCCCGAGUCAAAGAUGCUAACGAUGAUAAACGAUCGCGUGAAGGAGAUGAACGGGUUGUGCAAGGACUUGGAUUUUCGCAGUGAAGAACACAGCCACAAAGAACUCGAAGAUGCCACAAAGACACAAGAAUAGGACUUGGAGGAAGGUUUCGAAGAAGAAGGAAUGAGAAUAGAGAGAUCCGGAGAUGGAUACGUGAUCCGAUUGAAGUGCCAAUGCCGAAAUGCUUAUAGGGUUCUUUUCUCUGAUAGUCACUUCUACUUCAAGCUUCUAUAGAUUUCGAAUUGAGGGUCAUUUUCGAGAAGAUGUUCAUACACGAAAACACGAAAAAAUUUACCUUUUCCUCUUGUUGUAUGUAGUCCUAACUUGGGAAAAUCUCGGUUGUUAAUUAGUCGUUUGUUUCUGGUAUUAGUUCUGAAGCUGCUUCUCUGAUGUCUAGCUUUCUUGUCACCCCUAUUGUGAAGUGAAAUUCUAUGAAGAGUAACUCCUAGCUUUCGCAUGGUUA